CCAGGAGGAAGGGAGUCUCUCAUUGGCUGUCUGCACUGCGCAGCUUCCCGUCACAUGACCAGUCACAUGAAUCGUCCUGUCAGAAAGAACUUCAACAUGGCGACCCAUCUGUCCUGUGGGCGGGUGAACAUGAACGUUCUGCGGGAGGCGAUGCGGAUCGAGCUGCGGGAGUUCCUGGAUAAGUGUGCGGGCAGUAAGGCUAUUGUGUGGGAUGAAUAUCUGACGGGACCUUUUGGAUUAAUUGCACAGUAUUCACUUUUAAAGGAACAUGAAGUUGAAAAAAUGUUUACACUUAAGUUGGGGCCUUUGCCACAAUCUGAUGUUAAAAACAUCAUAUUUUUUGUCAGGCCUAAACUUGAACUCAUGGACAUUAUCGCUGAGAACAUUCGGAGAGAAGAAAAGGGUCGAUUUCCACAACGGGACUUUCACAUCUUGUUUGUGCCUCGUCGUAGUUUGCUGUGUGAACAGCGGCUAAAGGAUCUUGGGGUUCUUGGAUCUUUUUUCCAUCGGGAAGAAUAUCGUCUAAACUUGAUUCCUUUUGAUGGAGAUCUGUUGUCUAUGGAAUCUGAGAAUGCUUUCAAGGAAUGUUGCUUGGAGAAUGACCAGACCACUCUUUAUCAUGCAGCUAAAGGGCUUACUACUCUGCAGGCAUUAUAUGGAACCAUUCCACAAAUCUGUGGGAAAGGAGAGUGUGCCAGGCAUGUUGCAAACAUGAUGAUCAGAAUGAAGCGAGAACUGGGAGGGAGCCACAACCAGAUAACUCCAGUGUUUGACACCCUAUUGUUGCUUGAUCGCAAUGUGGACUUAUUGACACCACUGGCAACACAACUAACUUACGAAGGGCUUAUUGAUGAAGUGUAUGGCAUCCAUAAUAGCCAUGUGAAAUUGCCUCCAGAGAAAUUUGCUGCCAAGAAACAAGGUGAAGGUGGGAAGGAUUUACCUACUGAGCCCAAGAAACUACUUCUAAACUCUGCAGAGGAGCUCUAUGCUGAGAUUAGAGACAAAAACUUUAAUGCUGUGGGUUCAGUGCUCAGUAAAAAGGCCAAGAUUAUCUCUGCUGCUUUUGAGGGGAGACACAAUGCUAAAACUGUGGGGGAGAUCAAACAGUUUGUGUCCCAGCUGCCUCAUAUGCAGGCUGAAAGGGCGUCCUUGGCCAACCAUACAUCCAUUGCUGAACUCAUUAAGGAUAUAACGACUUCAGAGGAUUUUUUUGAUAAAUUAACAGUGGAGCAAGAAUUUAUGUCGGGUUUUGACACGGACAAGGUAAAUCCCCACAUAGAAGAUCGCAUUGCAAAGAGAGACCCCCUGAUAGAAGUCUUACGACUAAUCUGCCUUCAGUCUGUGUGCAACACUGGGCUCAAGCAGAAAGUGCUGGACUUCUACAAGAAGGAGAUUCUGCAGACUUAUGGAUAUCAACACAUUUUGACUUUACACAAUCUGGAAAAGGCAGGGCUUUUAAAAUCCCAGACUAGUAGCAGGAAUAAUUAUCCAACUAUCAGGAAGACCCUACGACUUUGGAUGGAUGAUGUCAAUGAGCAGAAUCCAAAUGACAUCUCCUAUGUGUACAGUGGCUAUGCUCCUCUCAGUGUGCGUCUGGCACAAAUACUGGUCCGACCUGGUUGGAGAAGCAUUGAGGAGGUCCUAAAACUCCUUCCUGGGCCCCAGUUUGAAGAGCGCCAGUCACUGCCUCCCGGUCUGAUGAAGAAACGUCAGCAGGGUGAGAACAAGGUGAUGCUCAUUUUUUUCCUUGGUGGAGUGACAUUUGCAGAAAUUGCUGCCCUUAGAUUUCUGUCUCAGUUGGAGGAUGGUGGAACAGAAUAUAUCAUUGCCACUACAAAACUUAUCAAUGGCACAACAUGGAUUAAAUCUCUGAUGGAAAAGCAUCAAGCAGAGCCAUGUUAAAGAUUACGUUGGGCUUUUUCUGCAACAUUGAAGAACCAAGAUCUUUUAUAGAAGCAGCCAAGGCAAGCAUCAAGACUACCAAAUGUUUGGUGCUUUGAGUAUUGUGUGCAGUCCAAAGUGCCCCUGGAUUUGUUACUUGUUGCUUUUGGGCCAACAAAAGACCUUUGUACACACAUCUUAUAGCAGCACUCCAAAGGCAGGGCCUAAACGUGUUUCAUGUUCAGCAAGAAACAGGAGCUAAAUACUUGCAGUUGGUGUAUGAAAUAAUGUAAUUUCUGCAGCUGUAGAUGAGACCACACACAAUGAAGAGGAAUUCUGCGCUGAGUGUUUCAUUAAUAAAAACCAGACAUUUAAAUAAGCGGCUUAAUAAAAAAUUAUGUGUGUACUUGGCUGCACAAAAUCGAAGAGACAUGGAGAACAAGGCAACAUUGAGAAACGUAGUCCUCUAUGGCUUUGUGUAUGAUCUGUAUACAGAAAUAUAAAUGUAUAUAAACUGUAUAGUUAAUCCAUUAGUAACUGUACAUAAACUUACAAUGCUGCAGGCAUGCCUAGCUGUGGCUACACACGGUUGUACAAAACAUUAAAACAGAAUGGAGCUCUAUGUAAUUCACAACUUUGGGCCCUCAAUUUGUACUAGGAUGCCCUCUAACAUAAUCUGCAUACAGUGCAGCCCAAAAAAAUAAAGCUUUCGUUAGAGGCAACUAAAGGAGGAUAUAUGUUAGCUGCAAAAUGUGAAUAUAUUUCAGGUAUGCCAUCAGAGAUGCUCAAGUGUAAGUUAUAGGGCAAAGGGUCUGUUAAAAAAAAAAAAAAAAAAAAAAAAAAGUAAAAAAAAAAAAAAAUAUAAACACACCAUUUAGCUUCCUGUCAAGAUGUGGUUUUGGAGGAACUACGUAUUGGAGUUGACACUGAAAGCUUAGGAGACGCAGACGCAUGCAACUAAAGGGGCAAGAGCAGAAUUACAGACCUCUAACUUGGCCAAACGAUAGUCACACAUGUUACAACCUAACACCUUUUUGUUGACUAUACAGAAACCGAUAAUUGAUCAAUUAUUCAGAAAUUCAAUGAUUCCAAAGGUCCUUUCCUUUAGAAAUAACUGUUUGUCACAAUAAAUGGAGGUUUAGUUGCAAUUUGAUUUUUUUACAAUAAAAUAUUCUUUACUGAUCAAAUCACACAUUUAA